GAAAAAUAUUAGUUAUUUAAUUUUAAAUAUCUUCAUAUUUACAAUUUCAAUUUCUGGGAUUUUUUAUUAUAGUGAUGCUCUAAAAGCUAAUUACCAAAUAAGCUCAUUAAACCGGUCUAGUUUUCCAGCUGGAUUUGUGUUUGGUGCUGCAUCAUCAGCCUAUCAGAUUGAAGGUGCAGCUAGUGAAGAUGGAAAAGGGCCCAGUAUUUGGGACACUUUUACACUAAAAAACCCUGAAAAGAUAAGGGACCAUAGCAAUGGAAACAUAGCCACUGACAGCUAUCACCAUUACAAGGAAGAUGUUAAAAUCAUGAAGCAAAUGGGCUUAGAUGCUUAUCGCUUCUCCAUUUCAUGGCCCAGAUUAUUGCCACGUGGAAGGAUAAGUGGAGGAGUGAACGAACAAGGAAUAAAGUAUUAUAAUCUCCUAAUUAAUAAACUCAUAAGAAAAGGUCUUGAGCCAUAUGUGACACUUUUCCAUUGGGAUCUUCCCCAAACACUUGAGGAUGACUAUGGUGGCUUUUUGAGCCCUCAAAUUGUGGAUGAUUUUUGGGAUUAUGCAGAGCUAUGCUUUAGGAGAUUUGGUGAUAGAGUGAAAUAUUGGAUAACUUUCAAUGAGCCGUACACCUAUGCCGUCGGCGGCUAUGUUACCGGAGAAUAUGCUCCGGGAAGAUGCUCCGGUUGGCAAAGAUUAAACUGCAGCGGCGGAGAUUCGGGUGUGGAGCCGUAUCUGGUGGCGCACCACCAGCUUCUUGCUCAUGCAACCGCAGUCAAUAUAUACAAACAAUAUUAUCAAGAAUCACAAAAGGGCAAAAUUGGAAUUACAAUAGUGGCUGGAUGGAUGAUACCUUUCUCCAAUGAGAGCAUCCACCGCGAGGCUACAAAUCGGGCACUCGACUUCACUUUUGGAUGGUACAUAGAACCACUGACGAAGGGCGAUUAUCCCAAGUCAAUGAAACGCGGCGCAACCGGCAGAAUUCCAAAAUUCACAAAGGAAGAAAGUGAGAUGGUGAAGGGUUCAUUUGAUUUCUUGGGUUUGAAUUAUUACACAACUUACUAUGUCAAACAUUUCCCACGUGCCAAUAAUUCUUCUAUUACCUCCUACUUGACAGAUUCUCAAGCACAUAUUUCUCCUGAAAGAAAUGGUGUCCCAAUAGGCCCAAAGGGUGCAUCAGAUUGGCUUUAUGUAUACCCAAGAGGGAUACGAGAUGUAUUACUAUAUGUCAAAACAACUUACAACAAUCCUACAAUAUACAUCACUGAGAAUGGUAUUGAUGAGAUAAACAACUCGACGUUAUCUGUCGAGGAAGCACUUGUUGACAACAUGAGAGUAGACUAUUUCUACAGACAUCUUUCUUAUGUUCAGAAAGCAAUUCAGAGAGGGGUCGAUGUCAGAGGAUUCUUCGCGUGGUCGUUGAUAGACAACUUUGAGUGGAAUUCUGGUUAUACGCUUCGUUUUGGAUUGAACUACGUCGACUAUAAAGACGGGCUAAAGAGAUACCCGAAACUAUCAGCCAAAUGGUUUAAAAACUUUCUGCAGAACUAGAGAUAUACCCAUUUCGAAUACGACGUUUUUCUUGUUAAAUCUGUUCGAU